CCGAGGUCGCGCAAGUUCUACUAAACGAUCGACUCGCGUUCUUCCGUCGCUUCUCGGUUGUGGCAGGACAGGAGCCUGGACAAGGAUUCGGCGCCCGCGCCCGGUGUCGCAAUCGCAAUGCAGCGGUCGCAGCAACUUCGAACGGCGACCCAGACUCGCAGGAGCGCCCGCUCUGGCUUCCCGGAACCGGACGACUUCGAAGGUCUUCCCGUGCGACAAUGGCGCCAGGAAUGGGUGCACGUUGCGCCUUCGGCGCCGCAGGAGAUGACCCAGCAGGGCGACCGCUGGGCGGUUGAACUCCCGUACGGCAUGCCGAGAGAAUCCCAUCUCCUCCCGCCACACAGCCAGGAACUGCUCCGUGCCGCGAGAUCGGGUCGGCUAUACAAGCGCCCCGCGCCCGUCGAAGAGGAGGAGCCCGAUGCCGAUAUCGACCCCGUCAAGGGCGACAAGAAAGAUUGGGACCCGCCCAACGACGGGUACGUCGUCAAGAUGUGGAAGCAGGUACCGCGCAAUGCCGAGGUGCCCACCGUAUCCCACCUGGCGAAGCGCCACAAGAACACGGUCACGCUCGCCUCCAAGACGGUAGCUCCCCAGGCCGCGGGGCCCACCGUCAUCCGCGCUACCGUUCGCCGCAUCGACGCCGCCGGCAACCCCUACGAACAGACCGUCACCCUUACCGAGGGGCAGCAAGUCGACGGCGAAAUCAUCUCCACCAGUGUCGUGCCCGCGCCGGCGGCAACACAGACAGAGCCACCCGCCCAACAGGCGACACCAGUCCGGAGACGCCCUCCGCCUCCGAAACGAAAGGCCAAGGGGCCCGGGCGCGGCCGCAGGAAGGGAAAGCUGCCCCUGCCCCUGCCCGCGACCAGGUCACAGGCUGCUGCUGCUGCUGCUGCUGCUGCCGCCGCCGCCGCCGACGGUGCGCCAUCUGUCGACCCCGAAACUGGAAUCAAGGUUGAGGACACCGAAGACAGCACAAAUCAGGAUAGCGAGAUGGUCGAUGUCUCGGGCGUGCCGUCCGAAGACGAAGGAGAGGGUAGCGAGGGCGAGGGCGAGGAAGAAGAGGAGGGAGACGAGGAGGCCGGAGAUGACGAAGUGGCAGAGGCGUCGAACGCCGACGAGCCCGGCGUUGAAGACCGCGGUCAAGAGACCGAGGACUCGGAGAUGUCGGAGGCCAUCCAACCGGGUUCCGUUGAGGAGCCCGUCGAGCCCCGUGCUAAGGCGGAGGAGCCGGAUGACGGUACUACCGUAUCCAAAGCCCGCUUCCAGCCACCGAGCCUGGCCAACCUCGGUUCAUCCGCCUCGUCCAAGAUUGAAGGCAGCCCUCUGAAGAACGUCAUGGUUGCUUCACCCACCGAGCCGUCACCAAACAUGUCCCCCACCCCGAGCGCAUCCUUGGCGGCCACGAAUCACCCGGAAGCGCAAUCGCAGACGAAGUCGGGGGACGGCGCUGCUAGCCAGGCACCCGCAAGCGAGGUACCGACUCAGGGGAUCCUCCCGUCGCUCAGGGACCCUGUUGUCCCCGCGCAUGCCGGCAGCCAGGGCCCGGCGGCCGCGGCAACGCAGCCAACCGAGCCUUCCCCGCCAGCUCCCUCCGAAGACCAACCGGAACCAAUGGCCACAGACGACGCGACGCCAGGUCACUUUCAAGCAUCCGCUGAGCCCCAGCCUGUGUCCACCAUAGACGCCACCAAACAGCCGUCGUCGCCGCCUGCCGCCGAGCCAGCUCCAGGCGAAGAACAGCAGGGACAAGGCGAAGAAGCGCCAGCACCUCCCAACUCGAACCCCCCCCAGUCGACAGCCUCCCCGGUUGUGACCCCAACAACAGCAGCAGGACCUACAGAAACAGCAGCAGCAGUAGCAACAACAACAACAACCGAAGCAACGCCUCCGCCGGUAGCGGUGGCAGCCGCACCAGCAACCGGGCCAGACGACGAAGAGGACGGCCUGAACCUCCUCGGCAGCCUGGAACGGGAGCUCGAUCGGCAGCAGGAAGGCAUAGGCAUAGGCAGCGGCAGCGGCAGCGGCAGCGGCAGCGGCAGCGGAGAAGACGAGGCCGGCGGGAACGGCGAUGGCGGCGUCUCCGAUGCCCCUGGUGCGGCCAAGACGGCGGAGGCCGAACCCGAGCCCCAGCCCCAGCCGGGGUCGGAACCGGAGCCAGAGCCGGAACCAGGGAGCGCAGGUGCUGCCGCUGGCGGAGCUGAAGGCGCCGGAGGAGGAGGAGGUGGCAACGGCGGCGGCGGCGGCGGCGAAGAUGGAGGUGGUGGUGGAGACGGCGGCGUCGGUCAAGGUAGUGGCGAGGACGGCGACGGCCGUGCCGCUGCCGCUGCCGCUGCUGCUGCUGCUGUCUCUUCGGAGGACGCUGCGCCCGAUGCUUCGUCAUCGUAGUCGUCGUCGCUGUCGUUGUCGCUGUCGUCGUCGCUGUCGUCGUCGCUGUCGUCGUCGCUGUCGUUGUCGUCGUUGGCAGCGGCGGCGGCGGCGGCCGUAGGGAGAUGAUAGAUGGGCACGCACAGAUCCAGAUCCGUGGGCAUUGUUCUUGACCCCCCUAGGUUGUGACAGUACUGCUGUCCUGUCCUGUAUUUACAAUACACAAGGCCGGUGAGAGUGAGGAUGCGGGAGCCCCGUCAGUGCCCGUGUUAGUCGCAACCCCCCCCCCCU